AUGGCUCCUUUUGAGAACUUCGAAAAGACUCGAGACAAACUCGGUGAGCGUCUCAGGCAGCUUACAGUGUACCUUUCUGACCCUCUUUUGGAAAAGGAAAGCGCGUACAUUGUAAAGGAGCUGCUUAGAGCUGCGAAGAAAAUGGAGAAAAUUCAGACACGCGGUCAAAACCGCCAACAACAAGAUACUGACAUUCAAAUCUGUUUUCAGCUUCGAUGUGAAGCGAUCAAAAGGCUUUUGCGACUAGAGGGUGAGCGCAUCGAGCGAGGAAGGAUAUAUAACUCCUUCUUUACCGCGAUUGUGGUGCAUUCCUUUGCCUUGCAUCUUGGCUGUCUGGUUGUUGAGGACCGCUUCACCAAUGCCGACGGAUGGGCCGAGCUGGCCUUCAACAAUUUGUUGUGCCACGAUGGUCUUUGGGAGCUAGAAUGGGUUAUGCCCAAGGAUGACCCUCGCCGUAAGGAGAUCCAGCGCAAACAUGAUGUUGCAUGGACUGUCCGACACCCACUUUCUAGUGAGGAUUGCGAGGCCCGACAUCUUGCCUAUCUGCUUUGGCGUUCUCUUACCGCAAACGUCCCCAAUUGCAAAUGCUUUCAAUGUUUCAAAAUUGCGAGCCCAGCGGUCUUAUCCCACGAUUUAUCUCUUGAUUGA